CUACUGUGGAAGAGAAAUUAUGCAGCUCGCAAUUGUGUUAAAGUGCUUAAGUGGAGUGUUUGUCUUACUUCAUAGUGCAAAAUGGGUUUCUUGUGAGGAAUUUUUGCAGAAUCAUGAACAAGAAUGUUGGCUCGACAAGAGGGAAGUGGUGGCUAUUAUUUUAGCACGGGGUGGUUCGAAGGGGAUUCCACUGAAGAACUUGGCAAAGUUUCAGGGAGAAUCUUUACUUAUGCGAAGUCUCAGAAUUGUUAGAAACUCUGGCAUUUUCAGUGAAAUUUGGGUUUCUACAGACAGCGAUGUUAUUGCAUAUGAAGCAGCAUCUUUGGAUGGAAUACUAAUCCAUCGUAGACCAGAAAUUUAUGCUCUGGAUACAACAUCUUCGAUUGAGAGUGUACAAGAAUUUCUUUUGCAUCACAAAGAGAUAGAGCAUAUUGCUCUGAUUCAAUGUACUUCUGUUUUCCUCAAGGAAUCAUAUCUGAAACUGGCUUUUGAACUCUUCAAGAGUUCCGAAUGCGUCUUCUCGGUAACAAGAAGUCACAAACUGAGAUGGAAAGUGUCACAAAAUCUACUUAUACCUCUUAAUUUUGAUCCUUCAAAUCGUCCUCGCCGUCAGGAUUGGGAUGGAGAACUUCUCGAGAAUGGAAUGUUCUAUUUUGCAAUUAAAAGCUUGAUAAAACGCGGUGUUUUCCAGAAAAACUCAUGUAAAUUUGUGGAAAUUGAACCAGAAGAUUCGUUAGAAAUUGAUAAGAUAUUUGAUUUAGAGAUGGGUCAGUGUCUUCUCAAUUUACGUCAGAAUGAUACAGAUUGAAAUAAAUUGUAUAUCAUUCAAACUUAAUUUAAAUCUCUGGUUAAUUGAAAUAUUCAACUUCAAAAGGUUCACUUUUUUGUUAGAAGUAUUUUUUUUAUUUUAACAUUAAAUCCUUAAAAUCAUUUAAAAGCUGUUAAAUCUGUUUAACAACAAAAAAGAAAAUUAGAAAUUAUGAAAAUCAUAAUUUUCAACGGGUUUUAGUAAUAGUAAUAGUAAUAUUUAUUCAAUCACAAAAAUAGGGUUCAUCCUUCUUACAAUAUUGAUAAAGAUAAAAAGAAAAACAAGUAAAAAAAUAGCAACAAAACAAAGAAAUGAAAAAGAAAAAUAAAAGAAGGAUUUACAAUAGUAUAAGAAAAGAUUAAUGAAAAUUGAAUAAAUAAAAAGAUCUAAUAAGUGCUUCCUUAAGAUUCAGCCUGAAAAAAGCGUCGGAAGGCAUCUGCAAGCCUAUGCAGAUCACUUUGAACUUGGAUCACUUGGUUUUAAAAGGAAUUAUGAAUUUAUCUUAAGCUUGUUGUAAGAAGAGCUUAUAAAAGGUGUGAUUCUUUCAUUGCAAAUUAGGUUGUGUGCAACAUUUAAAGAACGUACACGCAGGAAAAAAUAUUUCGUAAAAUUGUUCGUAAAUAUUUGUGAAUUGCUGUCCUGUUUGUAAAUUGGCGUGUUUAAUAAAUAUUAGAAUUAUAAAUUA